AUGACCGAGGAGCAGUUCAAUGACCUGGAGACAGUGCUUAAGGAAGAGGCAAUGCGACGGAAGCUGGUGGCCCGUUUGACAUUAGUCGGAGGGGUGGAUUCUGGCUGCAUGAUUCGGCGCAUGGCGUCAGCCGUCCUCUCAAACCAAUUGGCCUGCCUCUUUAACUGGAAGGGAAAAGGAGGUAAAAGGGCCUUCGAGAGCACCUCCUUACUGGACUGCAUGUUUGCGGCUGCACGUCAUUAUGACAAGUCCAUUACUGAAUUGGCCUUUGGAGACGUUGUCAAAAAAUGGCUGCGUUACGAACGGAGAGGUGUAGCAACAUCCACACCAUACAAAGGAGAGGGCACAGCAAAACCUGGACCACCAGUAUCGAGUCUUACAGACUCUUCGGAUCAUGACAGGGGUAAAGAAAUGGUCCUUUCAGGUGUAGAGGAGUUGAUCACAGCAAGUGAAAAAGUCGACGUGCUUGAAUCAAGUAUGCACUCGUUGGCAAUUUCUGAAAAACAUGAUGACGACCUAGAGGCUGCUAAUGAUUUGCAGAAUAGUAUGAUUGAGAUGGAGGAAGCUGUUUGCUGGGAAGAUGACGACUCUGAUGAGGAUUAUGUUCCUUUCCUCUAUCUACGAUCUACUGGAGCUUCAAGGGCAGAAAUUGACAAGCUUCCUGAAAUACACAUAGAUGAGGCUGUGCUGGAUGUAGAGGAGGUGCCCAUAUUGCCUGAAGAAGAUCAACACAUUCCUGUAAGACACAAGGUUGAGACUGUAGAGGACCUCGUAGGAAAGAAAGCGAGCAUCUGCUACAAUGACAACUUGCUCUCUCUUGCAAGGUACAUGCAGUUGCCUGUACAGUUGUGUGAUGGCAGAAUGGACUCCCCUGGCCACUGUGCACAAUUUUGUACAUACACCAUGAUUGAGCACGAGACCCGUGACAUUGUGCACAUUGUGAGCGAGGACAAAAGGAGAUUUGUCAGGAAUUCGGUCAUCUUGGAGAAACUACGCGAAGCAGCAAAAGGCAAGGAACAUUCUGUGUUGAUGCAUUGGAUACUGUGGCAUGGAGUACUACAUCAUGUACGCAAUGAACACACAUGGGCCACAGGGUUCUGUGAGCAUGAGCCAUUGGAUCUCUCCCUGAAACCCUCAACUCAGGUUCUGCUGCUCAUCAGACCUAUUGUUUUGAAUAAACGCUGGCUUAAAAAUGUGAAAAAGUACAUAACAUUCAGAACUACGUCAGAUUUGGAGAGUUUUCAGAACCAUAUUCUGAUGUAUGCAGGGAAGCGCUUUGCCUAUAAGUAUAAAGUGUACAGAACCAGGGUUUUCCUUGCUGCAAUAGAUUACAACUACCACAAUGGUCGAGAACAUAGACGCAACAGAAAAGGAGAAAAAAUUUACAGACGGUACUACAAUAAGAAGUCAAAAAACUGGAGUGUGCAUGUUACAAAGGAGGCCAAGACGUAUGCCUACAUUCCCGACCUUCAGAAGGCAAUUCUUAGGAGAAGAUUAGAGAGUGGGUCAGGCCUUCCUCGAAGAAGAACCCUUUCAGAAGAUGACCCUGAGCGCCUUGGACUGGUUGGCACAGCGGACACACCACCCCCCACUGCUGAACUUGUGGCAAGACACACUUCCCGGGGAGCAAUGGCUCUACUAAUGGAAGAAUAG